AUGCAGAAAACAGAGUGCUCUGGAGCUACACAGUUGAGAAACAGAGCCACAGGUAACUAUGAUCGAAGGACAUCCUCAUGCACACAGAUAAAGCAUAGGACUUCAGUUCAGCGAAGCAAAUCCUCAUCGUCAGCCAGUUCUCCAGAGUCUGCAAGAAAACUUCAUCCUCGACCAAGUGAUAAACUUAACCCUGUUACUUUAGCUAAGGGUCUGAGAGAGACUAAACAUCCACACACCUUUGUGUCAAAAGAGGGUUUCAGAGAAUUGCUUUUGGUUUAUGGUGCUCCUGAAAAGGCUGUUCCUUUGCUCCCUAGACUGAUUCCUGUGCUAAAGGCAACUCUGGUGCAUUCAGAUGAUGCAGUAUUUGAAAGAGGAUUGAAAGCCUUGGUUCAGUUAAGUGUUGUUGUUGGUCCUUAUCUAAACGACCAUCUGAAACAUCUGCUUACAAGUGGAAGUCUUUUCAUCAUCAAAUCUAAAAUCCCAACAUAUUGCUCCAUAUGCUGUUGA